AUGGGCCUCUCCCUGCUCUGCGUGCUGCUGGUCUUUGCUGGUGUGGCUCCAGCUGAGGGCGACAUGCUGGACCUGAACAAGAUGGUCAAACAAGUGACAGGGAAGACCCCCAUCUUCUUCUAUUCGUCCUACGGCUGCUACUGCGGAAUUGGUGGCCAAGGCCAACCCAGAGAUGCCACAGACUGGUGCUGCCACGAACAUGACUGCUGCUACCGUCACCUCAAAUCUGACAAAUGUGACAUCAUCUUCAACCACUACCACUACACCUUUUUCCAGGGGAACGUCCAGUGUUCCACCAAGGGGAGCUGGUGUCAGCAGCAGCUGUGCGCCUGUGACAAGACGUUGGCCUUCUGCCUGCAGCAGAACCUGAACACCUACAAGAAUCACCUGCGUUAUCUGUCCAGAUGCAAGGGCGAGACCCCCAAGUGCCAUACCCUCUAG